ACAUAAGAUAUAUGGCCAACGGUUGCUGGUAUAAAGAAUGGAGGGAAUGAGUGGCCAAGAAUGGAGGGAAUGAGUGGCCAAGGGUGGAGCCAUGCAAGCAAAAGCAGUGGCAAGGAGCGAACGGCCCAACAAUCAACCGGCAUCUCCGGUCCUAAAUUUUCCCCUCUGAAACCCUAAACCAUAGACCAAUCCCCACUUUCUUCUCCUCCAGCAAGCUAAUAUUCUGCAAUCUUAGGCCUUAAAACUGUAAGUACUCAUUUCCAUUUGAACUUCUUUGCUUCGCAAUUAGAUUUUGGCCAAGUUCUUUUCCUUGGUGGAUGAGCAAUUCUGGUUUCAUUCCAUCUUUCCUGACCUUCUCUAAUUUUCAACGCCGGCGACACUCUUCACCUCCCAUCUUCCGAAAUAGCUAGAAGAUGAUGCUCGUGCUCCCUCCUUCUUCAACUGCUUUUACCACUGCAUUGCCGUUUCCCGCUUCACCACUUGCCUCAAAGCUGUCGACUUUACCACGUCCGUUUCCUUCUUCACUAAAGCUGUUCACUUUAGCAGCAUAUCUAGAUAGACGGGGUACCCCUCCUCCGAAUCCCAAAUCCUCUUCUCAACCCCAAGAUUCCCUCGAUCAAUUUCUCAAGAUAAGAUGCAAGUCAGGUGACAUUACUCUAGAUGAAGCCACCCACUUCUUUGAUUUAAUGAUUCGGAUGCAGCCAUCUCCUCCAGUCGCAGGAUUCAAUGUGAUUCUAGCUGCCCUUGUUAAGAUAAGGCGUUAUGACCAUGUUAUUUUGUUUUACAAAAGAUGGGUUUCCCUUGGACUUUCACCUAAUUUUAGAACUUUCAAUAUCUUGGUUGAUUGCUGUUGUAGUAUGGCUCGGGUUCGUGAUGGUUUUGCGGUUUUGGGGAGGAUUUUGAGGGCUGGUUGUUGGCCGAAUGAUGUGACUUUCAACACUUUGGUUAGGGGGUUGUGUGUGAAUAAUAAGCUUGGUGAAGCUGCAGGGAUGCUCAGGAAAAUGGUGGCCCUUGGCUGUCUGCCUGAUUCGUUUACUUAUAACAUAUUAAUUCAUGCGCUUUGCAGACAAGGCAGUAUGGAAGAAGCAAAUGCAAUGUUAGAGUUGAUGAUUCGAAGAGGUCAACAGCCUGAUAUAGUCACUUAUAAUACGUUGGUUGAUGGACUUUGCAAAAGAGGAAGGAUGGAAGAAGCAAAUGCAUUGCUAGACAAAUGCAUUAUUAGAGUUAAUGUUUCAAAGAGGUCAGAAGCCUGAUAUAGUUACUUAUAACUCAUUCAUGAAUGCACUUUGCAAAGAACAGAGGAUGGAGGCAGCAAAUGCUUUGUUAGAGUUUAUGUUUAAAAGAGGUCCACAACCUGAUACAAUUACUUAUAGUACCUUAAUGGCUGGGCUCUGCAAAAGUGGGCAACUGAAGAAGGCAGAUGAGUUAUUAGGAAAAAUGGAGGAGAAAGGUUGCAUUCCGGAUGUGGUAACUUUUAAUAUACUCAUUUCUUAUUUCGCUCAAACCAAUGAGACUGCCAAAGUCGUGGAACUUCUUCAGAAAAUGGCCGAGAAAAACCUGUCACCUGAUACAAUUACUUGUUCCAUUGUGUUAGAAAUGCUCUUAAACUUGGGACAUGAACCAUGCCAAGAGCUUCUGAGCUUAAUUCCAACACUCCCUGCCUAAGUGCCAACAGUUACAGGAGACAUUGAAAAAGAAUGGUUUCUAAGUUGUCUUUGUGGUUUCUUGGUGAUAACCAUGGCAAUUCUUAAGCAUUUUACUUUUUUCUGGUGAAUUUUCACUGUACUCAAUCAAUGUCUGACACAAAAACUUGUUGACGGCUAUUUCUUUGCUUUGAAGGGAACGACUGUGAGGUUGUAGGGGACGCCUCACCUGCUGCAUACACCAUUGACACCUUCAGGGAGACAAUGCAUGAUUUUCAAUCCUCUGGGAGAAAAGGAUAGGCUCCCUUGUCAUUCAGUUUGUCACAUGCACCAGUGUGCAGGACUUAAAGGAAAGAAGCAAGUCUUUUAUGAAAGGAUGUAAAGCUUCUGCUCAUCUCAAUGUCCUCCUCUCUUGAGUAAUUCUCAAGGAUGCAGCAAAAUGUUCAAUCUGGUGCUGUAAGGUGUUCAUGAAAUGAUAAUAUUAUUUUUUUCUGCUCAUUAUUGUACAAAUGAACAUAUUGGCCAUUUUCUGCCUAUAUUCGACUUCUAAUCUUCUUGAUUAAUAGUUUGUACAAUUUGAGCAUGUAAGAUGCUGGGAACCUGUUGAACA